ACAGUCUCAGCUGCAGCAGAAAGGACCGAGAGGCAGAGAGAGCUCGAGGUGAGUCGACAAAACAUCCAGCAGAGAAUCCAGGACAGAGAGAAAGAUGUGAAGGUGCUUCAGCAGGAGGUGGAGGCUAUCAAUGGCUCUGCUGAUAAAGCAGUGGAGGACAGUGAGAAGAUCUUCACCGAGCUGAUCCGUCUGAUGGAGAAAAGAAGGUCCGAUGUGAAGCGGCAGCUCAGAUCCCAGCAGGACACUGAAGUGAGUCGAGUCAAAGAGCUUCAGGAGAAGCUGGAGCAGGAGAUCACUGAGCUGAAGAGGAAAGACGCUGAGCUGAAGCAGCUCUCACACACAGAGGAUCACACCCAGUUUCUACACAACUACCCCUCACUGUCAGCACUCAGUGAAUCUACAGACUCAUCCAGCAUCAACAUCCGUCCUCUGCGCUACUUUGAGGACGUGACAGCGGCUGUGUCAGAAGUCAGAGACAAACUACAGGACGUUCUGACAGAGACAUGGACAAACGUCUCGCUGACAGUGACUGAGGUGGAGGUUUUACUGUCAGGACCAGAACCAGAGCCCAAGACCAGAGCUGGAUUCUUAAAAUAUUCAUGUGAAAUCACACUGGAUCCAAACACAGCAAACACAUGGCUGUUAUUAUCUGAGGGGAACAGAAAAGUAACAAGAAUGAGUCAACAACAGUCUUAUUCUAGUCACCCAGACAGAUUCACUGGAUGUUCUCAGGUCCUGAGUAGAGAGAGUCUGACUGGACGUUGUUACUGGGAGGUGGAGUGGAGAGAGAGAGGAGUUCGUGUAGCAGUCGCAUACAAGAAUAUCAGCAGAACAGGGAGGUCGAGAUGUUUAUUUGGAUCCAAUGACAAAUCUUGGGCGUUACAUUGUGACACAAACAGUUAUAAAUUUUGUUACAACAAAGUCCAAACUCCCGUCUCAGGUCCUCGGUCCUCCAGAGUAGGAGUGUACCUGGAUCACAGUGCAGGUAUUCUGUCCUUCUACAGCAUCUCUGAAACCAUGACUCUCCUCCACAGAGUCCAGACCACAUUCACUCAGCCUCUCUAUGCUGGACUUUGGCUUUAUUCUCCUGGAGUCUCUGCUGAGUUCUGUAAAGUGAAAUAGUCAGAAGUCCUUUCAGGGACAGUGGGUUAAACUCUGUGUUUUAAUCCUUAAACUUCUUUUGUCUUCAUGUUUGUUGCUGAGAGCUGAUUGUUGGGGCAUUUCUUCACCUGUCAAUCAAACACUGUGGGCGGGACUUUGACGUCUUCUCAUCAGCUGCUGUGGAAAUGUUGGAGCUCCUUCCUGUGUUUAGCCAUGGAGGCCAUCACUGCUCAGGAUGACUUUUGUUUCUCUGCAUGAAAAUGGAAACUUGUCUGAGCUCUAAAUGUUUGUUGAAUAUUUGGAUUGAUGUAUUUGUAUGUUGUUGUUUCUCUUCCACUGCAUGGGUCUGAAGAGAGAAAGCAGCAGACCUUCCUUUACUUUGGAAAGAAAUCUAGAAUAAUUCACAUUUAUUUGUUUGGCAGAGCAAAUGUUGUCGUCCAAAGAGACGUCCAAAUGAGGGACUAUGAGGGAUUGUAAACUGUAAUUAUUAUGAUGAUAAUCAAUAAGGAGAUGGUUCAUUCUUUUCUUGGACUUAGCAGAGAUUCUGGAUGAAGUUUAACAGACUGAAGGUUUACAUGCUGAAUAAAGCAACAUGAACAAA